UCCCAGAGCGCUUAAACCUCACUCCAGCCUGGUCAUCAUGGACCGGACUGUGGUGCUCAUCACUGGCUGCUCCUCGGGCAUCGGCCUGCACUUGGCUGUCCGUCUGGCCUCAGACCCUUCUAGGAGCUUCAAAGUGUAUGCCACGCUGAGAGACCUGAAGGCGCAAGGCCCUCUCCUGGAGGCCGCCAGGGCCAGGGCGUGUCCCCCCGACUCGCUGCAGACCCUGGAAUUGGACGUGAGGGAUUCGGAUUCCGUAGCCAAUGCUCGGGCACGAGUGACUGAGGGCCGCGUGGAUGUGCUGGUGUGUAACGCGGGCCGGGGCCUGUUCGGGCCGCUGGAGGCACACGAGCUGGACGACGUGGGCACCGUGCUGGACGUGAAUGUGAUCGGUACGGUGCGCUUGCUGCAAGCCUUCCUGCCAGACAUGAAGCGGCGCCGCAGCGGACGUGUGCUGGUGACCUCAAGUAUGGGCGGCUUGAUCGGGCUGCCCUUUCACGCUGUGUACUGCGCCAGUAAGUUCGCUCUGGAAGGUUUAUGCGAGAGUCUGGCGGUUCUGCUGCUGCCCUUCGGGGUCCACAUAAGCCUCAUCGAGUGCGGCCCGGUACACACAGCCUUCUAUGAGAAGCUGGAGGGCGGCCUAGGUGGAGCCCUGGACCGCGCGGAUGCCCAGACCCGUCACCUCUUCUCGCUCUUCCAGCGCCACUUAAUGCGUGUCUUUCAAGAGGCGCAGGAUCCGGAGGAGGUGUCGGAGGUGUUCCUCACCGCCCUGCGCGCCCCGCAGCCCUCCCUGCGCUACUUCAGCACCGAGCGCUUCCUGCCCCUGGCCCGGCUGCGCCUGGAGGAUCUCAGCGGCUGCAGCUACGUGGCUACCUUGCACCGGGCCAUGUUCUCUGACAAGCUGGUGGAGGGCUCUGAGGCCCAAGCCGGACCCCUAGGGGACCCUGAGGCCAGCCCUUCUGCUGCCCCUAAAUAAAUGUUUUUGCCUACCACUA